GAACAACCUAACCGUGAUACCCAAUACUCCCACCACCACCACCUACGACUACGACUACGACUACGACAACGACUACGGCUCCUCUACCUGUCGCAUACCGGCCACACCGGCAAAUAACAACCAGAAAACAGCCCAACCCCCCAUGGCCAUGUUCCCGAACCCCAACAUGUACAGCAACCACAAUUACGAGCCUCAGGGCGCCGCGUGGAUGCACCCGCAGCAGCAGCAGCAGCAGCAGCAGGGAAACCACCACUCUCAACAACAUGUCCAACAGCAGGCCAUAGCAGCAGCCGCCGCCGCCCAGCAUCAGAACUACAAUCGCAUUGCCGGCGCGCACAACAACGUGGCCGGUGCUGGUCUCAACUCGGCCGUCCAACUCCACGACAACAAUAACAACAACAGUAGCAACAACAGCAACAACAACAACACCAACAACAACAACACCAACACCAAUAGCAACGGCAACAACAUCGAGAGCAACGUGUCAGAGGACAACCGCCGCACACUUGCCUAUGUCGCCGAUCUGCUCAAGGAAAGCACCCGCGAGGCUGCCCUGCUGGAGCUCAGCAAGAAGCGAGAGCAAGUUCCAGAACUGGCCUUGAUAUUAUGGCACUCUUUCGGCGUCAUGACCUGUCUCACCCAAGAGAUCAUAUCCGUAUACACGCUGCUGAACCCUAGCCAACUUACUGCCGCGGCCUCCAACAGAGUCUGCAAUGCCUUGGCCUUGCUUCAAUGUGUCGCAUCGCACAACGAGACCAGGACUCUGUUCCUCAAGGCGCACAUUCCCCUCUAUCUCUACCCUUUUCUGAACACGACGUCCAAGUCGCGACCCUUCGAAUACCUCCGCCUCACUUCUCUCGGCGUCAUUGGCGCCCUGGUCAAGAACGACUCCACCGAAGUCAUCAACUUCCUCCUCACCACCGAGAUCAUCCCCUUGUGCCUGAGAAUCAUGGAAACCGGCUCCGAGCUUAGCAAGACCGUCGCAAUCUUCAUCGUCCAGAAGAUUCUGCUCGACGACAGCGGCCUGAACUACAUCUGCGCUACGUAUGAGCGAUUCUAUGCCGUCGGCACCGUGCUCAGUAACAUGGUUGGUCAGCUUGUCGAGCAGCAAACAGCCCGCCUCCUCAAACACGUGGUCCGCUGCUUCCUGCGACUUAGUGACAACGCGAGGGCGAGGGAAGCCCUUAGGCAGUGCCUUCCCGAACCCCUACGCGAUGCUACCUUCUCUGCAGUGCUCCGUGACGACGCGGCCACCAAGCGAUGCCUUGCUCAGCUGCUCCUUAACCUGUCGGACUCUAUGGGGAGGGAGGUGGACGUGCCUGGCCUGUAAACAAGACCCUGGCACCCUCCCAAACUACAUUCUCCUCCGGCAAGUCCCCGUUGGCAUACGGAACGAAAACAACCCCCCGGUGCUCCCCGCCUCGCACAUCA